AACCUGGAUCGCUGUAGAGAAAACAGAGCGGACAAUCUAUCUAAUAUGUAUAACAUAGCUGUGUGUUUUUAAUUAAAAAAUAAAAAAAUAGACAAGUUAUAAGUAUGGAGUGUAAUACCCUCUGUUACAAACGUGAAAAUCUCCAUAGCUGUAAGGCUAUGAAGGUUAAAAUUGUUACUAUAACAUGAUGAGUAAAUAUUUAUAGAUCUAAUUUCAUGAAAUAACUCAACUGGAUAACAAUUUAUAAUAACAUGUAUCAUAAAUAAUAUUUUAAAAAUGACUUACCGGAAUCAUUGGAAGAAAAAUCUUUUUAGAUAUUUAUUGUUCAGUGUUUUUGUUAUAUUCAUUUUUACUUGUAUCUUAAAUAUUUUGCCAUUAACUCCAGAUUCUUGCAAUUGCCAUGAAAAAGUUAGUCGUUUCAAAAAAGCAUCUGAAAAUGGAGUGAAACGAUUUAAAAUAUCGCAAUACAAGCUUGCUGUUUUAGUACCAUUUCGAGACCGUUUCGAGGAAUUGUUACAGUUUGCUCCGCACAUGAAACAAUUUUUAGAUAAACAAAAUAUUGAAUAUCAUAUAUUCAUACUACACCAAGUGGAUAGAUUUAGAUUUAACAGAGCAUCUCUUAUUAAUGUCGGUUUUAUUCAUGUCCAAAAUGACUACGAUUAUAUUGCUAUGCAUGACAUAGAUUUAUUACCUUUAAAUGAAAAUCUCUCUUAUGGAUUUCCUAACAACGGACCUUUUCACGUAUCAUCUCCAGAUCUACAUCCACGAUAUCAUUAUCUAACUUUUAUCGGAGGAAUUUUACUUGUCAAUAGGAAACACUAUCAAGCAGUUAAUGGAAUGUCUAAUAAAUAUUGGGGUUGGGGUUUAGAAGAUGAUGAAUUUUACGUUAGACUAAAGGAAGCUAAUUUAAAAGUAUACAGGCCACAAAAUAUAUUAACUGGGUCUCAGAAUACUUUCAAACACAUUCAUGACAAAAAUGUUCGAAAAAGAGAUACAAUUAAAUGUUUUAAUCAGCGAGAAAUUACUAGAAAGCGAGAUCGCCAAACAGGCUUAAGUAAUGUAUCAUACAAAAUAGAACAAGUCAUAAAUAUGACGAUUAUUGAUGUACCUUUAACUAUUUUAAAUAUCGCUUUGAAUUGUGAUAAAACGAUCACACCUUGGUGUGAAUGUACAAAAACUAAUGAGAACAAAACUCCAUAGUCUUAGACUUUAUAAAUACUCAGUCUUAAUAUUUACCUUGAUUUAAUAUCAAGAGAAAUACCAUCAUUAAUAAAAUUAUUGAGAUCAUUAAAAA